UUUAAUAUAUCUUUAAUAUCAAAAAAUAUAUAAUUUAUAUUUUAAAUAUAUUCUCUAUUAUUUAUUGAAAUUUUCGAAAUUUUAAUAUAUAAAGUUUCAAAUUUUUUUUAAAUUUUCGAAAUUUAAUAUAUUAUUUUUUUAUAUCAAAAAAUAUAUAUAUUAAAAUGUCGAGAGAGUCCGGUAGAAGGUCCGUGGAUAUGGGCGCCGUGAACCGAAGUUUGAGGAGAGGCAACCGUAAAGCCACCUCCGACGGUUCGACCUCACGCGGUUCUCGAGGAAGACACUCCGUCUCUUCCUUUCCUACUAUCCCCGAUCACUUAAUCGGGGACGCUAUGACGGAUGGAGAAUUUGACCAGAUUUAUUCUGGUAGAGGGGACGCUAAUCUCCCCACUCUUGAUAGUGUAUUCGAAGAUCUUGAUGAAGCAGGACUGGAUAAUCUAGACGGGGACGAGGAGCAUACACCACAGAGCAACGACGUCGAUGUGGAGGCAGGUGAGCCCGAGACCUCUCGAGGUCUGGACAAAGGUAAAAAAAAUAUAAAUCAGAUUUAUUUGUUUAUCAUUUUGACAAAGACACAAAAGAUGGCAUAGUUUAUGGAACUUGUAAACAUUGCGGGACCGUCAUAAAAAUGGGAGUUUCCGGCGGUUAUGGCGGUCCGGAAAAACACCUAAGGUCGAGGCAUCCCGUGGAGUACGCCAAAUACGAGGCAAAAAAGAAGGGACGACAAGAAGUGCAAACCCAAAUUUCUCGGUUUGCUAACAGAGGUAAGGGCGGCCUUUUUGCUUAUAGCGACGAGCAAAAUAAGCAAAAAAUGGCCGAAAUGAUUUGUGAAGAAAAUUUGCCAUACAUG